AUGGCGGAGUUUACAUCUUCAGAAAGUAGGAAAGGAAAUUUGUUCAAAGAAAUUGAAGAACUUACUGUUUCAAAACCAAAGCAGCAAUGGCAGGUGGAGGGACCGAUUAAGAAUUGGGUGGAGCUCCCAUAUGAUGUGAUGGCUAAUAUUCUAUACAGAAUUGGACCUAUUGAUAUACUUGAGAAUGCUCAGAAAGUUUGCACCACUUGGUGUAAAAUCUGCAAGGAUCCUGCCAUGUGGAGGGUCAUUCAUAUGAAGAAAACUUUGGGACCAUUUUGGCAGAUAUUGCCAUGGGAAAUAUGCAGGUGUGCUUUGAAUAGAAGUCAAGGCCAGUUGGUUGAUAUCAGCAUAGUCGAUGUUGUCAAUGAUGAGCUUCUUCAAUAUGUUGCUCAUAGAUCAAGUCAGCUCAAACGGCUUGAACUUGCGAUUCUAGAUGGUUGUCCUCAUCUUCAAUCACUUGACUUGCGUCAGUGCAUGUACAUUGAUCUCAAAGGAGACAUGGGGAAAAGAUGUUCCGAAAAUAUUAAAUGUCUAAAGCUACCUGAAGAUUCUCUUGAAGGAUGUCUAUACAUUCAAAUAAAUGAUAUUGAUUGCAGGAUAUGUGAAGAUUAUGAUGAUGAUUACGCAGCAGGUAUGGACUUUGAAGAUUGGACCAACUAUGAUUAUUAA